UAAUCCCUUUUUUUCCUCUCUUCUUCGAUUUGUCCGUUUAUAAAAGUUAAACUCUUCGAAUUUCAGUUUCAUAAUUAUUUCUCAUUCCCAUCCAUGGAGAGUAAUUGUGUGCAAGGGAAAAUAUUUGUUGGGGGAAUAUCGGCGGAGACAAGUGAAGAAGUACUUACGCAACACUUUAGUCGUUAUGGAGAAGUGGUGAAGUCACAGGUAAUUAAAUAUAGAGACACUAAUUGUGGAAAAGGCUUUGGUUUUGUUACCUUUGCUGAUAAUUCUCUUAUCGAUCAACUUAUUCAUCAGCAACACAUAAUCCUUGGAAGAACGGUUGAUGUUAAAUUAGCGAUACCUAAAGGUGCAAGCGGUCAAUGCCAACUUGGUUCAGAAUGUCCAAAUUUUCAAAGACAAGAUAGCAAUAACAACAGAAGAAAGAUUUUUGUUGGUGGAUUGCCUCUUAAUUUGUCGGAAGAAGAAUUUAAAACGUACUUUGAAAAAUUUGGAACAAUUUCACAAGUUAACCUUAUCUCCGACAAAGAAACCAAAACGCCUCGAGGAUUUGGGUUUGUUACUUAUGAUUCAGAAGAAUCUGUAACACAUGCAUUGCAAGAGAAACUUCACUGGUUGAUAAAUAAAUAUGUUGAGGUAAAAAAAGCAGAGCCAAGGGAACGGAGAGUUAUCAAUAGUAAUUAUCAUAAUUUUUACCCUGGCUAUGGAAUGUGGCAAAUUUAUGAUUGUAAUAAUGAAAUUUUUGCCCCUCAGUACUGCCAUAAUCAUACUAUGGUACCUACUAAUUGGACUAGUUCGUUUAAUCAUUUGGGUACAAAUCAAUUUGUUCAUCCGCAACCUAUUGUACCAUAUUUUACCCCUACAUAUCCAGUCAACUACUAUGGUUCAACGCAUAGGUAUCCAGUUAACUGCUACUGUUCAACACAUAAUCAAGUGGAUCAUAAUAGGGGCUCUUACUCAACCUUUGCUCAGAAUAAUGUGAUAAAUGAAGAGAAUGACCAAGAAUGCAAUAAUACCGAGGUUCAACUUGUUGGAGAUGGUUCACUUCCAGCUAAUGAGAGUGCAAAGUCACUAGAGAAAGAAACAGAUAAUGGUGGUGAAAAAGAUGACUUGAAGAAAAUUCUCCAUGAUAAUACGAAAGAAAAUAAUGAUGAAAUAGAUCACUUGGUGAAAAUUCUCCAGGUCAAUUCUGAAGAUGACACCUAAAGUACAGAAAAUUAAUGGAGUUUCAAGGUGCAUUUGAUAGAGUAUUUGAGAAAAUGUUAUUUAUCUUUGGGUUAAGACUCAAAGUCAUUUUUGAAUUUUCA